CAGAGUCUAAACCAUUUCACUGCUCCCUAUCCCUUGCUCUCACACACUCUCUCUCUGUUUCUGUCACACACACACACACACACUCAAACACAGAAGGGUGGACCACCUAUGCUCUCAGUCACCUUCUCGCACAUACACUCAGGCUAGGCGGUGCACUGACACGAACAGAGGAACACGUCCUUAUCCUCCUCCUCAUCCUCUCCAACUGCUGAAGGACUGUAGAUCCACCGAAGAAGAAGAAACAGGAUGAAUGGCAGCGACUACUCUGACUACUCUGACUACUCUGACUGGUACUCCGACAACUUGGAACCCACCAAGACACCUAUAGAAGUGGUUCCACCAUGUGACCCCACGGCCGACGAUCAGCUCUUCCACAUAUGCAUCGCAGCCAUUUCACUGGUUUCGAUGCUGAUCUUAGCCGUGGCCACCCGCAGCAAGAGGAUGUGCCAGAGCUUCCAGAGGGGGUCUCCCAGCAUCUUCAAUCCAAUAAACUUCCUGGACCACACGCAAAACAGAGGUCUAGUCAUCGCAGCCUUUAUUCUCCUCUUCUGCAAGCUGUGUGUGUUGGUCAUUCAUCCUGUCCCACUGCCCCUCACCAAAGAUGAGACGCCUGCACUCAAAGAAAUGUGGAAGAUUAUGUCCAUAUUCUACUAUCCGCUUCUCUACUACCCUCUGCUGGUGUGUGGGACCCUGCGCAAUAAGCUGGGCUACGUGCUGGGCAGUGUGCUCUCCUGGACGCACCUGGCCAUUCUCUGCUGGCAGAAGUAUGACUGCCCCAAAACACCAGAGAUGUAUAAGUACUAUGGUCUGCUGAACAGCCUUCCCCAGAUGGCCUGCUUUGCAUUCCUUGGUUUUCAGUAUCCUCUGCUUCUCCUGAAGGGAUCGAACAGUGAUUCAAAAUCCAGUGAGGAUUUAAACCAUGACUAUUACAAAGAAUAUGUGAGGUCACUCCUAAAGAAAAGACCUGCCAAAACAAGCCCUGCAAGCAAAGACAAGGCCUCUCUAGCAGACAGGAUCUCUGAAGCAAUUAAGUCGUAUGUGUACACACCUGAGAAAGAUUUCCGGUUACCCUUGAAACUGGCCAUCUCUGGAGCUGUAUGCUUCAUGGCAGUGUACCAGGUGAUGCUGCUGCUGAUUUGCGCUGUGAUCCCUAUCCUGCACAUUGUGCGUGCGGGCAUUAAUGAGGACAUCGCUUUCCUCCUGCUGGGCUUUAACAUUAUUCUGCACGAGGACCGCCAGGAAGUGGUCAAAAUUGUCAUCCACUACACCUGGUGUUUGGAAAUUUGCUACCUCUGUGCAGCAACGUUAUCUGGUCUGGUCUCUCUUCUGAUGCUCACGAGGUCCAUGGUCUUGCACAGGGCCAACCUGAAAGAGCUGUACAGGGGGCACAUCUACAAUGAAUACAACCUCAGGAGGAAGAGUUGCAUCACUCACUUCGGCAUUGUUAGCUGGAUGGGCUUCAUCGGCUCUCAGACUGCGGUUAUGUGUCUUGCCAUGGCCAUCCAGACACUGGUGUUCUUCCUUGGGUUCCUGUUUUUGGUUUUCCUGGUCAUUAUCCCCAUCCUGUAUGGUCAGAAUCUCAUGUUCUUACAGAUUCUUGGCAUGCUCUGGCCGCUCUGGUUGAUGCUGUUCCUGGUUGUGGCUAUCCAGCAUGUCACUGCCCAGUUCGCCUUUGUCAAAAAGGAUGCAGGAACCAGGAAUCUGGAAAACAGGUCGGGCUUGUUCCUGCUCUCCUAUCUCCUCUUCCUGCUAAACAUCGUGGUGGGAGUGGUGGUUGGACUCCUGAGGAUGGUCGUCACUGCACUGUAUAACAUCAUCCACAUGGGCCGUCUGGACAUCAGUCUGCUGAACCGCGGAUCAGAGAUCUUUGAUCCAGGUUACCGCUGUUAUACCAACUACCUGAAGGUGGAGGUGAGCCAGUCUCAUCCCGUGAUGAAAGCCUUCUGUGGGCUGCUGCUGCACUCUACUGGACUGGAGGGCAGCGCAGGACAAAGGAUUCGUGAUGCAGAAGAAGCAUGCUCCCUGCAGCCGGGCAUCCCGCUGGUCCAGCAGGAGAAGCGGCAGAGCAAGGCCUCCUGCGCCCGCAGGGCACGCCACCACUGGCAGAUGCUGCUCACACUGGUCAACAACCCCUCCCUGCUGGGCUCCCGCAAACACUUCCAGCUCCCGGCCUCCGACAGCACCAUCAAUGGGACCCUCAAUCGCAGCUCUAAAGAAGGCAGCAAGAAGGAGACUGAUAAGGCCGCCGCCGCCGCCACUGCCGACAACCCAGCCACAAAUUGAGCACCUUACAUGUAGCCUAAUGAAUGAAUGAAUGCUGGCUUCCCAGAUCAGGAUUUCGGACUGGUUCCAAGCGUGGUUGUCUGGAUAGUGGAUAGUGAGUCCAGUGUGAGGAUCAAUCCUAUCAUGGAAAUCCAGCCUUAUCAAUAAGUCUUGACAUGGCAGGGCUUAUAAAUCCUGUUCUAAUGAUUCUGUAAAUGGAUGUUUGGGUGUAUGAGAAGGCUUGUGGGAUAUCUGUGCAUCACUCAUUUCUGUAUUAUUGUACAAUAUUAGAAGAUUACAUUGGUUCUUUAUCUGUGUCAGCAAUACCCUCUCCUGCAAGGGUCACAAAAUCCUGUUUUUGUAUUUACAGACAGGUUUACUCAGAUAGAAUAAACAGGAUCACACAGGUUAUAUGAUGAAAUAAAGGAGAUAAGACCACAUUUUACAGGACAUUUUACAUUUUACUGCAAAACUGCACCAGGUACACUUGCAGCAUUUUUUCUAUUUCCUGUGAGAAACAGAAAUGUUUAUGAUGCGCUAAGAAUUGCACAUGCUUGAUUAAACUGCACUGGCUGUUGGUAUAAAUGUGCUGAAUUUGUAUUUUGUCCAUGUUUUCUAAAAUAAUAGCUUUUCCUCAGAUUCUUUUGUUUUUCAUAUGCUCUUAACUGUCUCACCGAUUCUGCUAUGUUGUAUCAAUCUGCUGCUUUGGUCUGUAAGAAAAAAAAAAAAUUGGCAUUACAACACACAAAUAAAUUGUACUGUGAUAUAAAUUUGGGUUAUAAAAUGAAAUCACACCUGUGUUAUGCUCAAUAAAAUACUUACCUCCCUUAAA